CGUAAUCGGUCGCUCUCUCCGUUCCCAGCGCAGGACAACAAACCGAGAAGAGAAAACAACAAACAAACAAAACUUUAACAAACUCGACACAGGACACUUUAGAAAGUUCCUUUAAAUAUUUCCCCGCUAUGCAGACUUCAUUCUAAGCAGGAACAGCGUCACCGAUGUGGAAGUAGGUCUGUACUGAUGGAGUCACGCUAUGAGAUCCAGCGGAGGGCCGGCGGAGGCGCUGCUGGGUUCGGCGGGGGCUCCGCCACUGGCUCCCCGGCUCUCGGAGCUUCGGCUCGCCGCAGGAAAACACCGCCCAGACCGGCGGAUUACAAACUGCAGGUCAUCAUUAUUGGUUCCCGGGGUGUGGGAAAGACGAGCCUUAUGGAGAGAUUCACAGACGACACGUUCUGUGAAGCCUGCAAGUCGACUGUCGGUGUGGAUUUUAAAAUCAAAACAGUGGAGCUAAGAGGGAAGAAGAUAAGGUUGCAGAUCUGGGACACAGCUGGUCAGGAGAGGUUUAACAGCAUCACCUCAGCCUAUUACCGAGGAGCUAAGGGCAUCGUAAUAGUGUAUGAUAUCACCAAGCAGGAGACAUUUGAUGAUCUGCCCAAAUGGAUGAAAAUGAUCGACAAGUAUGCGUCAGAGGAUGCUGAGCUCCUGUUGGUCGGGAACAAGCUAGACUGUGAGGCAGACCGCAUCAUCACACGACAACAGGCCGAGAGGUUUGCUUCCCGUAUAUCAGGGAUGCGUUUCUGUGAGGCCAGUGCUAAGGAUAACUUUAACGUGGAUGAGAUCUUCCUCAAACUAGUGGAUGACAUUUUGAGUAAGAUGCCUCUUGAAGUGCCCAGUAGGGAGCUUUCCAACAGUGUCCUUUCUCUCCAGCCGGAGCCAGAAGUGCCCCCGGAGCUGCCCCCUCCUCGUAUGCGUUGCUGUUGAUACUACUCCCUGUCUUUUCUGAACCCCCAGAAACCCCACUGUCUCCUGUUGUCUACCCUGGGCACCUGCAAUUACAGUUUCUGACCACCAGAGGGUGAAUGCACCUGCACUGACAACCUCCUACUAGCAGGGGGCUGUGGACUCCAGCUCAUGUGGAGCAUGUGGGUGAAUUGUCAGUCAUGCAGCGCCCAGAGUGAGAGAAGACUCUGCAAAACAGUUAAAAGCUUCUGUUGUCUCCAUCCCCUGUAAGAAUCCACCACUACUUGGCAUGUCCUCUGUAGAAUGUAACCUUUAGGUCGCGCCUUCACAAGCACCUAAAGUCCCCAAGCUGGCCAAUGUAUUCUGCUCCAGCUCUGUACAUUUAGAUGUGGAAGGCAUUGUCACAUACAUUCAUCACCCCUUUACUAUACUACCCCACCCACUCUACCUCAUGUCCAAGAGGCCCUUGGUCAGGGUGUCCUACAGGUGCCUUCUAGGUAAACAUCCCCUCUCUUUUGAUGCUGUGCCAACACAUGGAGAAGACAGGGGGUAGGUAGAAGACGACUGACUCUCUUCACACAUGAACUUAUUUAGUUUAAUAUUCACUCUUCUGUACAAGUGUAAUACAAACCCUAAUGGUUUGUUUCUGUAUCUCUGUAGCAUUUGGAGUGUUAGUGAGGGCUCCUCUAAACACUUUUCGCAAAGAUCAGCAUCAACUGUGUAUGGCUGCACAAUAUGAACAGAAUACCACAGUAUGAUUUAUAUAGCUACAUUUUAUGAUUAUGAGCCACGCAGUAUAGUAAAAAACUAUGUAGAACUUGCAGUCAACAUUUGAUGAAAUAUGAUUAAAGAUUGACCUGACCUGUUUUGAUCAAAAUGAUGCACGUUUGUUGGAUUAUGAAAAGCCUUGAUUGGGUCCCAACAACCUUAGAAACAUCUAGAACAUUCAAGACCCCUUUUACACCUGGUCGUUUUACGUGACUAGAAUGCAGACUAACCUGAUUAAAAUUUUAACCACUUGCAUUUCCAGUUGGUAAUUGAAUUGAUUUGUCUUGGUUGGUCAGCUUGAAAACCGAUUGCUGUAUGGUAGGCACAGGUGUCAACCUUAUAUCGCCUCCUAACUGUAUCAAUGAACUGAAACCUCAAUACUUGUGCUGUGUGUGCUCGGUAGCAUAUUGAAGUAAGUUACACCAGAUGCAGCAAUUUUAAAGGACCCACAUCAUGGAUAACAAUUUUUUUCCUGAUUAUUUGUCGUAUAAGUUGUUAAUGUGCUGUAAAAAUUGUCAUUUAUUUCCUAGCCCAUGGAGUCUGUAUAUGGCUCUUUUGAUUUACGUAUACCCCCUUUUUUAAUUGAAGUUAUAAGGAGUGUUUGGGAUUUUGGGAGCACAGCACAGUACAGUGGGGCUAAUCAGAACAGAGGUCAUUUACACAGAUCAGUCUUAAAGGCACAGUAACAAAAAACAGCCUUUUUCAUUCUGAAGGACAUGGAAAAAUGAUAACAAAUGUAGAACACAAACAUAAUAAAUGGACCUCAGUUGACAAAGUGUAGGCUAUGGAAACAGGAACUAUUCCCAUAUCACUCUUUAAAAUUCUGGUUGUGCUCUAAGGGCUUUUUCCUCACGUGAGGGGAUGUGUUUUGUCCAUUUUGCACAUUGCAACAGAAUUUCAUGUGAAUCAAUAGUCUGUAUCCACAGAUCCACAGUCUGAUCUAUUGAUUAGUUGGCAGUUAAGUCUUAAAAAGAGAAAACGCAACAAAGUGUGAUUGAAUUGUUUAUUUUGACUGGUAAAAGUUUAUGGGGAAUCUGUAUUAGACGGGACUCCUUGUACCCCAGGCUUUCAUGGCCAUUUACUUCUAAAAUUGUGAAAACUUUCAAAUUAUACAGGUAAAUUACAUCGGUCAAUAGCAAAGCACUCGUAAUAAGUAGAUGAGCUAUUGCCUGAUUAUGUUUAGGUGGUUGUCACCUUGAAAAUGACAGUUUUUCUUGGUGAUAUUCAUUUCCUUAAUCAAGCUUUUCAUCAAUGUUUACAAAACGCCAGCAGUUGGAAGUUUAUAGCCUCAUGUUUUAGUAAAAGCUAAGGAUAAACUCAUGUGAGGCGUUGAAGUGAAGGAGUAGGGGUACCUCUGUUCGGUGGUUCUAUUAUUCCUCAGAACAGCAGGGGGAGACACCAGCGCAGUAUUGCGAUUGUUGCUUGGCGAGAUGGAUGAAUUUACACUUAAUAACAUCUGGCUGAAAUGCGUCUCAGACCACUUUCAGAAUGAUUUGAGUGAUUGGAUUUAAAUCACUUUUCAUGCGUCUUUGGUGUGUUUACACAUGCUUUUUUUGUGGAUAGUGUCUAUCUGGAUGUAAUCCUCAGUAAAGUGACCAGGUGUAAACGGGGAUUAGUCAUGAUGCUCACAACACGUAAAACGUUUUUUGAUUGUUUAGAGGGGUCAUACUACAGCAUUCUACAAUGUUGGUAUUGCUAAGGCUGAAAUCGCCAAUAUUACAACAGCUAUUUGCAGUAUAUUGUGCAGCCCUUGAAUGUAGGUUAUCUUCCCAGUGAUUCGUUUGGAACAGUGGAAAUAAAUGCAAAGAGACAAGAGCUUUUCACUUCGGCAGAUGUCCAUAAGCUGUUUAUUUCUGUGGUGGCUAUUAGCAGUUGCCUGUUUUGGGGGUGGUGGUCAGAUUUACAGUGUCCGCACAGUCUGUCAGUCUUGUGUGUUUUUGCACACGUCAUGUUUUUGCACUACAAUCCACACUUGUAGCUAGUUCACAAACAAGCUGAAAUGCUGAACUUUUACUAGGCAGACUGUGUUCAGGUGAUUACACCGCACUAAUAACCUUGUUGCUGCAGUGUAGUCCAUUACUAGUGCUGUUUUUGACUUGUGCUGCAAGUGGAGCAACAGUAUGACACUAAUAGAGGCUUCAGUGGAGAGAGGCAUUGCCCUGUGCUUUGGAACUGGAAUUGAAAGGGCUACCACUUCAUAGAAAGAGCAAGCUGGAUAGAAGACAAGACAUUUUAUGAUGGCAGUUUCAGUGUCUCUGGGGCUCUCCACUUCAACAGAAAGAACAUGGAUCUUUCUGCCUUUUGGUGGAGCUGGCUGAACAGGCGCCCACGUUGUUUGAGUAAAUAGUAAUUAACAUCGACUGUAGUUUAGGGGUUAUAUAAUAAUGCUUUGUAAAGUACAGUUGAAUGAUCAAAUAUAAAUGUUACACCUUUUUCUGGAACAUCUUAUAAAGUCCUAAGUUUUGUAGAUAAUACCAUGGGAACAGAAAGAUAUUUGCCCAGGUAGCCAGUGUUUCACAAGUUUCACAAGACAGCGAUUUAAAGGAAUACUCUGGCAUUCAGUGUAAUCUCUUUCUAGUGUAGUGUUCAUUGAGUUACCACAGGCAGUCAUUUCAGUGUAUUUCCCAGAUCAGUUACAGUAGAAACCAGUGAGAAGGUGCAUCAGAAAGUGUCUGUGGUAACUGGCUGUGUGUAGAUAGAGAUGAGGUAAAAAUGCUAGAGUAUUUCUUUAACGUUAGUCUGUCAAGAUGGCAGCUUUUUUGGAAUAAGACCCAUCAACAUUUCUUGAAUUAAGUCCUAAAUCUGGCUCUCAGUUUUUCUCAAUAUUUUAUACUAUUUUAGCCUCUACCCAAAUUUCCCAUUGUGCCUCUUGUAUCACAGAUUAGUAUAAUGCACAGAACUGUAUGAAGUUGGGAGGAAGGUGUUGAUGAGUUGGUCUGUUUAUAGCGUUCUUAUUAAUUUUAUGUUUUUAUAAUGUGCAGAGAAACACGCACAGGUCAAUCCACACCAAAUCACCUAGAGCCUGGCAUGUCACGACAUGGAUUUACAUGGAGAAAAAAUCAGUUAAAACCUUUGAUUUAAUUCAUAGAACCAUGCAGAAUUUCAAAGCUGUGCUCCAUAAAGUUUUUUAGUUAUGAAGGUUCAAAGUCACAUUGUAAAUUUUGAGUAAACAGCAUGACUCAACUGAGCUGAAAUGGGUGAAACCGUGCAAUACUGUUCAAACAUUUAGAAUCUAUUUGCCAUUGUUUUCAAUCAUAUAAACGUUUUGCAGAUUUGUUUUUUGGUUGAAAUUGAUUGAUUAUUCUACUCUAUAACUUUAGAAGUUUCAAGAAAUUUGCAGGAAGCUGUAAAAAUGAGAAAUGUUGAACGCUUGGUAUGAAGUUAAAAUACAUCCAAGUUAAUAUGUGGGGAUUAAAUCUCAAGGCAGAUCAUUUAUUAGCUAAUAACUAAGAAUAAUCAGUAACAUUGUCACUUAAUAAUGCUUUGGAUCUUGCUGUUUCCAAAACCAAAAAAGCAUAAAAAUAUUCAAUAAAACAUCUUCAUAUGUACACAGUAUUUUAUUCUGCACUGUAAAAUGGUUUGUUUUAAAUAUUGCUCUUUUUGUUGUAUUUAUAUGCAGCUGAAGUUUCAGCUCAAUUCGGUAAUUCUUUUGGCAGCUUAACUCGAACUUGCAGUGGCAAGAUUUAGAAGUAGAAGAACAUUAUCAUGUGCACAGUUUUAAAAUUGUGGGUAGUAGCAUGAUUUAAUCAGAGUUUCUGCUUGAUUUUUAAAAUGGAAAUCCAUGACAUCCUGAUGGGAUCUAGAUGAGUUCACAUGGAAUAACGCAGGUGUGAAUGAGUGCACGUUGAUGCGUUUAGUAGAAUAACUCCAGUUUGUGUCCGUUUUUCCCUCCUCUCUUUAAGAGAGAGAUGGCUGGUGGUUUCUCUAGUGAACACCUACCCCUUGCAUAGCGGUACGUGGUUUGCUUUCACACAGCUCCAUGUGUUUCUGCUAUUAGGAGACCACGCAUUUGGUCUUCAUGUUUACUUUAUGAUUUCUAACCACAGAGUAUUAUGAAGCAGCCUAAAACUGACUGUGUUUCGCUCAUUUCCUGACAGGUUUAGGAAACGUGUACUAACCUUUUAAUAUUGUUUUUUGCCAGUUUGUGCCAUGUUGUGAAAAUGUUGGCUUUGUUGAUGACGGGCCUUCGUUUAUCACAAAGUGCUUUUUACUUUACUUAUACUGUGCAGAUCAUUGUUUUUCCUGUUUUGUUUUUUCUUUCUUUGUACUCUGGAUCCUUGAAGCCCCAUGAGUCAGAUUUACUAAGCUGUUUACAGUAUUGGUUUCGGCUUCUGUCUCAGAUCCUUUGCCGGUUUUGUAAAGGGAAAAAAACUAUUGAUUUGACCUGUUUUUAUUUAAAGUUGAUCUCAUUAUUACACCUUUGUUAAGAAACAAGUUUGUCAGUUUGUAAUCAAACAUUUUGGGGCAAUUGCGCUGCCGUUAGCUUAGCAUCGGUUUAAAUACAAAUGAAACCUGAAGGAGUCACAUGGUGGUGAAGUUUAAUGCAAGUCAUGUAGAAAUUACACAUCUGCCACUAGACAUCGCUGUAUAUGAUGUUUAAAUGAGGUUUAUCUUAAACAGGCUUUGCUGAGGUUUAAGGAAAGAUGACCUGUAGCUACCAUCAUACAGACAGAAUACAGAGUUAGGCUUAUAGUUCUAUGCAAAAAUUUGAACAGGCCAGAUCAAAUGACAUGUUUUGCUAAGGCGAAAAUAUGUUAACACAUCCUCUACAGGGAUCAACCAUAAAUAUUACUCUUUUUCCUGCACAUUUUGGUGCAGAACCUUUUUUUUUUUUAAACAUAUUGGGAAAAAGAAGACCGACAAUAUAAAUGUGCAAUUUCUUUCAUACAGUUAUGUUACUCAAUAUGUUAAAUUCAGCAAAAAAACUGUAAUUGUGCAUUAAAAUGUGUGUCUGUAGAGGAUGCUAACUUCUUUUCACUCAAAAUUUUGCAUAUGCGUAAAUUAGGCCAUGUUACGGACUGCUGUGGAUAGAAUAAGGCAUGAGAGGCAAUGUGUUGUCCAUGUCAUGGUAAGGACAUUCACUUAGCCUCAUUGUAAGGUACAAGGAAAAAAAGUAUUUUACUAAUAAUUAUCACAAAAUUCUUCUGCCGAACAGUGUAGGUGGUUGGUAAAGUGUAGUGGGUAACAUCUCUGCCUUCUACGCUGUACACUGGGGCUCAAUCCCCGCCUACACUAUACCAAUAAGAGUCCUUGGGCAAAACUCCUAACGCCAUCUUCCAAAAAAAAAAAAAAAAAAGUAAAAUUAUAAGUCGCUUAUCUGGAUAAGAGCAUCUGCCAAACGCUGUAAAUGCAAAUGUAGGUGAUUAGCAGUAGCCUAAGGUUGCCAAGCCACAUAAAUGGUUUUAAAACCUUGGCAAAUAAAUACAGGAUAAAAUUAAACGCCUCUGAAGGCCGUCGCCCAUCAGAUUUUAGAACUGGAACAUUUGUAUUGUUUGUAUUUAACAGAAAGAUACAGAAUUUUGUUCUAAUGUCUAGUUUUGUGGAGAAGGCAGUAUAACGCAUUGACCGAGUGUAGUGUAACUUGAUAGGUGAACCCGCAGUUCAGCUGCAGAUCACUAGACUUGUGUGUGUUUUGACAGCGCAAUCAGGGUUAAUUAUGUGCUCAAUUAAGCUGAACCGCUGUUAAUCUAAUGAUGGCACAAUAGCCCCUUUAAGCUCAGUAAAUCUGUACCGUGGUUUUGACUUGUGUUAUUGGACGUGUCAUGGAAAACCCGCAUCACCUCAUCACUUAUACAUUAACAAAAAAAAUCAGGCCACUUUGAGAAUUUCCUGAGUAGCAAUAACUCUUGCCUUUCCAAAUCUCCAUGAUACAGAAAUGAAAGGAAUACAGAAAAUGUCCCCGCAUUAAGACGUGAAGGAGAAGAACAGUAUUUUGUUUGAGGAAUUUAGGCUGAUUUUAGGUUUUUGAAACAGUUUGGCAUGUUUAAGCAGUUUUGUGGUAUUUAUAACUUGUGGCAUUCUUGAACUAAUGAAGUGCAAAUAAAGAUUAUAUUUAUUACCUAUAUGAGCACAUUCUGAGAUUCUUUCUGAGAACUUCAAUUCUUCAACUUAAUCUCGAUCUGUACGUUCUGGAUCUGUGGGUUGAUUACAUGGGACAAUCAUUUUAACAUGUUUUUUAUGUACUUGUGAAAGAACAAAACCCACAAUAAAGCACCUGCCCAUC